AUGACGCACGAGCAGCUUAAUAUUGUUUUGUUUAUCUGCUUGACUACUAGGUACAAAGAUGACACUGAUGCUCCAGUAGAGGAAGGAGGGAAGCCAAAGGUUCUGUAUGGUGUGGAGUUCACAUUUGACGCUGAUGCUCGUGUGGCUAUCACCCUGUAUUGCCAAGCUUUUGAGGAAUUCACCAAUGGGAUGGCAAUGUACAACCCAAAGGGCCCAGCCCUGGUUUCUGAGACUGUACACUAUAAGAGGGGUGUGAGCCAACAUUUCUCCCUGCCUUCUUUCAAAAUCGAUUUCACCGACUGGAAGGAGGAGGAUCUGAACUUUGAGCUGGACCGGGGUGUUUUCCCCAUGGUGAUCCAAGCUGUGGUGGAUGAAGGGGAUGAUUGCUUGGGACAUGCACAUGUGCUGCUGGCAGCCUUUGAGAGACAUGUGGAUGGCAGUUUCUCCGUCAAGCCUCUGAAGCAGAAGCAAAUUGUGGAUCGUGUGAGCUACCUGCUGCAGGAGAUCUAUGGAAUUGAAAACAAAAACAACCAAGAGACCAAGCCGUCGGAGGAUGAGAACAGUGACAACAGCAAUGAGUGUGUUGUUUGUCUGUCAGACCUCCGAGACACCAUCAUCCUGCCCUGCAGACACCUGUGUCUCUGCAACUCCUGUGCUGACACCCUGCGUUACCAGGCCAACAACUGUCCUAUCUGCAGACUGCCCUUCCGAGCCUUGCUGCAGAUCAGAGCUGUGAGGAAGAAGCCUGGGCCGCUGUCYCCUGUGUCGUUCAGCCCUGUACUGGCUCAGACCAUGGACCAUGAUGAGCACUCGAGCUCAGACUCGGUUCCCCCAGGCUUUGAGCCCAUCUCUCUGCUGGAGGCCCUGAACGGCCUGCACUCUGUGUCCCCCUCCAUCCCCCCCGCCCCCCUCUAUGAUGAUAUUAACUUCUCUGGGAGCCUGGUCGGGGAGGGCCGUCCGCUGGGCUCCCCAGAACACUCCGGUGACGGGGGCCUGCAGAAGGGCAAAGUCAGCAAGUCACCUGACAGCACCCUGAGGUCGCCCUCAUCACCCAUCCAGGAGGAGGAUGAGGAGAAGCUGUCUGAGAUGUCGGACGCCCAGCCUCACACACUGCUCUCCAGCAGCCCAGCUCCCACCGAGGCCACUGCAGCCGAGGAUGUACCGGAGUCCAUCUCCCCAGAUGAUGAGGACAGGCUGCACUCUGGAGGAGAGAGACAGAUCCUUCAGGACUACAGCAGUGAACACAGCAGCCUGACCAAAACAGAGAGUGACCCGCCAGGGGACCUGUCUCUGCCAGGGUCAUCAGAGUCAACAGAGAGCCUGAAGAGUCAGAGUACCAACUGCUCCAGCCAGCCCCUCCUGUGUCCCCCCAGCAGCCUUCACAUGGAGGAUGAGCAACUUGACCCCUAA